AUGUUUGACACCAAAGACUGUUUCGAUGUGGCAGUGAUUGGAGCCGGGAUGGCGGGGAUUGUUGCUGCUCGCGACCUCAGUGCUAAGGGCCAUACGGUGGUUCUCCUUGAAGCGCGCAACAGGGUCGGCGGGCGAACCUAUAUGAAGAAAGCCUUUGACGGGAAAAUCGACCUAGAAAUGGGUGGAACCUAUGUGCACUGGACGCAACCACAUGUAUGGCACGAGCUACAGCGGCACAACAUCUCGGUGCUACCGGGUCUAGAUGGCGACAAAUUCCACUGGCUCGCGGACGACAAGGUGCACUCGGGCACAAGAAGCGACUACGAGAAGGCCGUUCGUCCUCUCUUGGAUCGCUUUUUCGCGGACGCCCGCGCUCGCUUCCCAUUGCCGUUCGAAGCCAGCAUCGUGGACAAUAGUGAUAUCGAGAAGCAAUCAUUGGAGGACCGCUUAUCCUCGCUGAACCUAUCCACAUACGAACGGGACCUGCUCGAUGGAGUAUUCUCUGGUGUUGUUCACUCGUACAAAGAACAGGGUCUCGCUCAACUCCUCCAGAGCGUGGCAAUAUAUUUUGGAGAUUACUUUGCCUUUCUUGAGACUGCCGGAUUUUGGCAUAUACAAGGCGGGACUAAGAUAUUGAUCGACGCUAUCCUUGCGGAGUCGACCGCGGACUUGCGCCUCUCAACACCCGUCAGCUCAGUCUCGGAUAACGGCUCCCAUGUUACGGUGACGACAAUUUCCGAAGAGAAAAUUCAUGCACGCUCCGUCAUUAUUGCGCUGCCUCUAAACACCAUCGGCGAUUUGAAGAUCACACCCGAUGUCGCUCCACCCGUGCGCGCCAUGAUAGAACAGAAGAACCCCGUGAUGGCCAGCAAGAUUUGGAUACGGGUAAAGGGAGAAAUAGAACCCUUUACCUUCUUGGCUCCAAUUGGGAAGUCUCCUAUCAAUGCGGUCAAAGCAGAAUCCUGGUACGAGGGCGAUACACUGCUGGUGGCCAUGUGCUCCGAAGCUGCAGCAAUUCGGAUCGACGAUUGUGAUGCGAUGGAGGCUGCUUUGCGGAGGGUUUUGCCCGACAUUGAGGUCGUCAGUACUGCUGGCCAUUGUUGGGUUACUGAUGAAUUCUCAAAGGGCGGUUGGAUGAUGCACCGCCCUGGGAAUCUCCUGGGUGCUGCGCCUCAGAUGCGACAACCGCAUGGUCGCAUUCUGUUUGCUGGCGGUGAUAUUGCGGCGAUGGAUACCGGGUCAAUUGAAGGGGCCAUGGAAAGUGGUGCUAGCGCUGCACGAGAUAUUGCCAGGGCAUUGGCAAGUGGCAAGUAUUGA